CACAUGAAGUCGAUGCACGUAUAAACCCAACAAACUCAAGGUCCAACUUAAAAAAUAAGAUAACAUUAUCUUCUGGAGUUGUUCGGGGUCUGCGGGUGUUCUUUGCUCUUCUUCUAUAUCGCAAGGUCCGAAAUGGCGGGAAGAUACGUGUGUAAAAUUAUCUUGAUUGUCUGUUGGGUGGUUUGUUGUAUCGACGUUGACGCAGCUUCUGUCACAAAUAACAAGGAGAAAAUCAUCUUCAUCCUCACCGAUGGAUUACGAUGGGAUCGAUUUGGUCAGGAUUUGCCCAAUUUUAUUAAGAUGGAACAAAAUGGGGUGAAAGCUGACUGGUUAAAUGGCGUCUUCAUGACCAUGACAAUACCAAGCACAUUCUCUAUUGCUACAGGUCUGUACCCUGAAAGCCAUGGCGCGAUCCACAACCUCUUCUUCAACGCUACGUCUGGGGAAAAAUCACCGUCAUUCAUGGCGACCAUGAAUUACACCGAGUGGUUUGACGCAGGCGCAGAACCGAUUUGGGUGACGACGAUCUCACAAGGUGGAAAGGCCGGCACCAUUCUCUACACGGGGAGUAAUGUACCCAUCAAGGGGGUGGAACCUACCAAGAAUAUACCAAUCGACCUAUCAGGAUCAUGCUUUAGCCUACCAAUGAAUGAACGAAUUGACAACGCGUUGUCAUGGAUAACGAGCCAAGAUUUCGACAUCGUCGUCAUCUACUUCAACCUGCCGGACUUCAACCUCCACAGCUACGGAACCGAGGACCAGCGAACAUUCGACACCCUCUACGAAGUCGACGACGCCAUCGGCUACCUAUUCCAACGCCUCGAGGAAGACGACCUCACCGACACCGUCAACGUCAUCAUCGCCAGCGACCACGGGCACAUCAACUCCGAGGUUGGGAAGCAUGUUUUGUUGUAUGAUUACAUCAACGUUACGGAUGUUGAUUUUAUCAUCGCAGAUUACGGUCCAUGUUUUCAGCUUAACGCCGUUGAUGGUAAACUUGACCAGGUUUACAUGGCUCUAAAGAAUGCUCACCCUGCCCUCACCGUCUACAAGAAGGAUGAACUUCCGGAGAGGUAUCACUAUGGCAACAACGAACGCGUUCUUGAUAUAUUUGGUUGUGUUGAUCCUGGAUGGCAUCUCCAUACGGCAAUCCAAGGCAAUGAUACCUUCCUCAUCUCUGAUCAUGGAUAUGAUAACCAAUGGAUGGUCAUGAAGUCAUCUUUCUACGCUCAGGGCCCACACUUCAAGAAGAACUACCGUGCGGAACCUUCCCAACAGGUGGAUAUCUAUUCUAUGAUGUGUGAGAUCCUUUCGCUGGACCCAGCUCCAAACAAUGGUUCACGCAAACGUUACGCGGAUAUGUUUGCUUCGGACGCAGCGAACCGAAUGGUUCCGACAAGAGUCCAAAUAUCUCUGCUCCUCAUCUUCGUAAUGGCAAUAUUUAUGUAAAUAUGUUUCGAACAGAAUGACUUCAAUGUUGUAUAUAUAUAUACAGUAUAUUUUGAUUUACGCGUUCAAUAGACAUUCUGCUCCUCGACAGUUAGUAAAAAAUAUAAUCUCUUCUUCAUGUCCGGCUCAUAAACCACUUUCACUUUAGACGGGAAGAGAGAGAGAGAGAGGAGGGUAUAGAGGGAGAGAGAGAGAGAGAGAGUGGUGGGGGGGGGUAGGGUGAAAGAGAAAGGGUUCAUGGGCAUAAUUAUAUCGAAAAAAGUUUCACAGACAAUGUACGUGCUUGUCUGGUACUGCAUCCUUUUUAUUCUAUUAAUACACAUCGAGGUGCCAGGGAGAGAAGGUUUUACGAUCCUGUCCUACUUAUCCUGUUACCCUUAACAUGGUCCCUUUACCCCUGUUCGUCACAAGGAAUCUCUUUAAUCGGUGCGUGGUGCAAUAUGAAAAUUUUAAGAACUGACCUUUUUUUCACUUUUUACCUAUGUUUAGACUCUUUCAUUGAGAUAAGAAAACAAUAGUAAUGUGUUUAGUCGACUUAUUUACUUAUUUAUUUUGUUUGGAUCGAAUAGCAUGUGUUAUUUUUAUUUUCUUUUAAUUCAUUCAUAAUUCAUCUGUGUACUGUUAUUUUGCUCUCCCUAUUUGUAUGUUUUUGAUGUCAUCCUACAUUAUUAUAAUGAUCUAGAUAUGCCUGUGUAAUAUAUAUUGUAAUUUCUUUUGAGAAUUUAUUCUCACAAGGCCUCCGUGCUUUUCUUCUCAAGUUCUCUUUCAUUAAAUUAUGAUAUUUAAUCAAGGCAAUGUUUGUUUAUUUAUGAAAUAAUUUACUCUGUAUUAUUGUAUGCAUUUCUAAUUUGUUUGCAUUGUAUAUAUGUUUUUUUAACCUAUUUGAAUUUGAAUGAAUAAAGAAAUGAAUUGAAUUAAUGAUAUGGGAGGUGCAUGUACAGUAGGUUUUCAAAUUUCUUAAAACAAUUAAUGGUUGGAUUUGCAUUUUGAAUAUUGAAUAUGAAGUUGAAUAAAUCUACGACACAUUA